UUUACCCGGGUAAUAAUACGCAGCAGGUGCGCUGUAUACAGUAAGUAAGGCAGCACUCACUGAACUGUCCGAGGACAAUAGUAGCCCACAGAAAAUAAUUUUCUGAAUGCUGUACUCUGGUGGUCAUCUGGGCAAGUUGCUGGUUUAUUGUUUUCGCGGAAAAAAUCAUGAACCUUGUUGUGAGAUCUUUUGUUUAUUGCAGACAGGCCCCAGCUAAAAAAAAAACAGUUUCUUAUUCAAAAUGAGGCGCAGAUCUUUCCAUGACCGACGGUAACUCAACCAGGGCUGAAAUUAUGAACAGAUGCAUCACAAACGCACACCUUAUCCUCCCUCCUUUGCCGUGGAAUCGGCGGACGCAGCGCAGACCGAAGCUGUGGCACUGGCGAUGCAGCGUGUUGCCCUCCGCUCCAGCAGGGGGCAGUGCGUUCCUGUACGGCCCCCGAUUGGCUAGUCAGAGUCGAAAGGGCGAACAAGACAUUUCGUCAAUGCUUCUCCAUGGGGAGGACGGAAGGAGCGUCCUAAGUCAAUAGAUACACUAGUAUUCCUUUCACUUGGAGCGGAGCCAGGUUGUCACGGUAAACGAUGGAGCCUGCGCCGAGCUCUCCCUCGGACUCCGAGGAGCUUGGAGCCGUCGGGGGCGCGGGGACCAAGGUGGACUCGCAGCUUCAGGAGGCCGCGCGGCUGAAAUCGGAGGGGAACGCGCUCUAUCGGGAGAAGCGCAUCCGCGCAGCCAUUGGACGGUACCACCGUGCUCUGCUCGUUCUGCGAGGUUUGGACGCUCGGGUGACAUCGUCCAUCCAGGGUUUUGGCCCCCAAGCACCCGCUCUCAGUUCCAAGCAGGAAGAACAGUUGAGAAGCACUCAGGUGGAUUGUUACAACAACCUAGCAGCCUGCCUGCUUCAAAGAGAAUGUGUUGAUUACGCCCGGGUCCGAGAUUACAGCCUGCGAGUGUUACAGUGGCGGGCAGGUGACGUUAAGGCUCUCUACAGAGCUGGAGUGGCCACUCUGGAGCUGGGCGACGCGCAUACAGCUCGGCAGUACUUGACGCAGGCCAUCAGAGAGCAGCCCAACGAUGCAAAUGUGAGGCGGUACUUGCAGCGGGCAGAAGAGAGACUGAGCAGUGACUACCAGAGAGAAAAAGAAUUAUAUAAGGGCAUGUUUGCCAAACAGAAGGGUGGCACAGGGGAGGGAGGGAGCGCAGUUACACUGAAGUAAGUAUAAAGCUAAGAUCUUUGGGUUCUGUCUUAGAAAACAUACACUGAAACUGAAUGUUGAAGCAGGCUAUAAAUGACACAGUGCUGCUCAAAAAUAUCAAGAUGCUGAGUAUGUCUGGUUUGCAAAGCAUCCCUGUUUUAAAUAUUUAUAAGGAGAAGCAAAGCAGACAAGAACAAGAGGAGGAAUUGUAAUGGAAGGAUUAAAGUGUCAUACAGUAAUAAGUGUCUUAUUGUUAUCAAAUGCUAAUCAUUUUGUUUUUCAUGUAUUGUAUGUUUCCAGGACUAGCAGAAUGUUCCAAUUUA